CCAACAAAGUCUGGAAACGGAGCUUCCCCAACCAAGCAGAAGAAAAAGUGAGGCAAUGAUGAUGCUCCUUCUCGUAAGGAAGAACUAUGAGCUCUCAAACAAAGUCAGGAAGUAGAGUUUCUCCAACGAAGUCUGGGAAUAACAUUUCUCUAGUGAAGUCUAGAAAUGAAGCUUCUCUAGUGUUCAAGAAUAGCACUUCUCCAGCAAAGUUUGGAAAUAGAGCUUCUUUGGCGAAAUUCAAGAAUAGAGCAUCCCUAGCCAAGCUAGAAAGAGUGCGGUGGCAACGAUGCUCCCAAGAUAAUGAUUACAGAACCACCAAAAUGAAUGAAUGGGCGUUGAGCAACUCGAUGUCUCCAGCAGAGUCUGAGAGUGAACCUUCUUCAGCAAAGCCAAAAGAGCUAGAUGGAGAUAAGGUCUCCAGACGAUGAUUUUGCAACCAUAAGAAAAGAAACAAAUAGGUGAGUGAGAUUGUUGCUAAAAUAGCUUGGAUGGAAAAUGUAAAUAUCAACUUGUACAACAAAAUAGACAUAUCUAAAUGCAAUAUAUUGUAGAAUAGAAGAAAUGAAUUGUAGAUGUGUCA